AUGACAUCUGGGUCAGACGAGCAGGUCAGCCCGCGGAGCAGCCAUCUUCAGCCUCCGCCGGCUGGCCGACCCAACAGUGCUCGAGAUUCGGCUACCACGCCGACUCCAGAUCAAGCACCUGCGGGACAACCUGGGCUCUCAAAUUAUUGGCAACCGCCAUACGCCGCUCGACCUAAUGAGGGUCCCUUAGGCCCUGAAUCACCCAUUGAUCCAACAGCGUUACAGUUUGCCCUCCCGCCCGAGAUACACCAACCUCCACCGGCGUUCGGGCGAACAUUGUCAGCUUCUGCCGACCCAUACGAUUCGCCAAAUCCUUAUUACGACGAGCCCACAAACCCGGACUACUUCGAGUCGGAUAGUGUACCCCUCACCUCGCAUGUCCAGCCCAUAGCCCGAUCAUUGGGUGUUCGGGAGGCCGAUGCACAGCCACGGGAUAGCUUUCAGACCGUCUCCGACAUCGAUGCCUCUCCUUCUCGUGGCCGUGAUGUCAGAUCGCUUGGAUAUGACCUGGAGCCCGGCGCUGCUGGUCGCUUCAGUUACGGCCAGACUUUGACGCCGGGGGACAAUAGGCGAUCUCGCUCUCCUUCCACGUCGGAGGCCCUUCACCGCGCAGGGUCCAUCAUGCGGGCCAUGUCACAGCGUGUUGUGAACAUCAGUAGCGGCGAAGGAGAACUCGCUGACCAUCGAACGUCAUUCCAGCGAUCGCGAUCCCCGAGCGAGGACCGUAGACGGCAACAAUACAACUCGGGCCACAUGUUCAACGUGGAUACGUCCUACCCCUCGCACACAGCUCAACAUCCUGUAGAGAAGGAACCCGCAGGCGGCUUCCUCUCCGUUGAUCCGCAUGUCAGUGUAGCCUCUCGACCCCCGAUGUCAAACCCGCUCAAGGGCAAAUCCCUGGGUGUUUUCUCUUCCAAAAGUAUUAUUAGGAGGAAGCUAUGCGACUUCCUCGUUCAUCCAUUCGCCGAGCCCAUGAUUCUCGUCCUCAUCAUCUUCCAAACGGUCCUCCUGACGAUUGAGGCGGCCCCCAAUGUCUUUGAGGACGGCAAUGAACGGCCUACCACAUGGGGAACAACAUGGAUUGAUUACGCCAUGCUUGGUCUCUUUAUUGUUUUUACACUUGAGCUCGUCGCGCGAAUAAUUGUUUCUGGUUUCAUCCUGAAUGCCUCAGAAUAUAGCACCAUCGACCGCAAACGAGGAGUGCGGGCUGCGGUCACCGACCAGUACAGAGCCCUAUUUCAACCGCAACGUCAAAAGUCUGUAAAGGCGCCUCGCCAGAUCAACUUGGGGCCGUCUGCUUUCGCCCGGUCUCUCACCUUCAUGCAAGGGCAACCGGUCCCUCAAACGGUUGAAGAGCACCAGCGUUAUCAGCUCGCCCGUCGAGCUUUCAUGCGACACUCAUUCAAUCGGCUGGACUUCCUCGCCGUUGUCGCUUAUUGGAUCACAUUUGUCCUGGCGAUCACUGGCCUAGAAAGUAAACACCACAUGUACGUGUUUCGAAUGAUCAGCUGCCUGCGGAUUCUACGCUUGCUGGCUAUUACGAACGGAACUGCAAUUAUCCUUCGAAGUCUGAAGAAGGCAGCGCCGCUACUUGUCCGAAUCGCCUUCCUCAUCAUUUUCUUUUGGCUUCUAUUUGCCAUUAUUGGCGUGCAGAGCUUCAAGUCUAGCCUGAGCCGUCAUUGCGUGUGGCUUGACCCUGAUGCGCCAGCGGACCGGUCCAGAGCUUUUGUCAACGAGUUUCAGUUCUGCGGCGGCUACCUCAAUCAAACCUCCAAUGGCACCGAGCCUUGGGUAUUCGCGAAGGACGAGGAGGACCUGGCGACUUUGGUACCCGGCAGUCUUGCUGGAAAAGGCUUCAUCUGUCCCCGAGGAUCAAUAUGCCUCCAAGGCAGCAAUCCUCAUGGAGGCACCGUGAGCUUCGAUAAUAUCCUCCAGUCACUUGAGAUGGUAUUCGUAAUCAUGAGUACCAAUACAUUUACAGACAUCAUGUAUUACACGACAGACUCGGAUUACCUACCCGCUGCCCUGUACUUCGGUGCAGGAAUCAUGAUCCUGAUGCUCUGGCUGAUCAACCUGCUCAUUGCCGUCAUCACGUCCUCUUUCCAAGUUAUCAGGGAAGAAAGCAGAGCUAGUGCUUUCACCGUGGAGCGAGAUCCACUCAUUACGCCAAAAGAAAAGGCGCCGCCGCUUCCCGUGUCUCGUCUACAAACACUAUAUGACAAGACUUCGUUGAUAUGGAUCGCUGUCAUCUCACUCGGCCUUAUGGCGCAGUGUUUCCGCAGCGCCACGAUGUCCAGUGGACGCGCCGCUUUCAUUGAUGCCGCUGAGGUCGUCACAACCCUCCUUCUCGACGUGGAAAUAAUCAUAAGAUUCGCGGCAGACUGGCGCAGAUUCCACAGCACGUGGAAAAAUCUCUUCGAUCUAUUUUUGGCCGUAACGACGUCCACAAUCCUCCUCCCACCAAUACGGAAUGCAGGACAGGUGUACGCCUACUUGACCAUAUUUCAGAUUCUUCGAAUCUACCGAGUUGUCCUCGCUGUUCCAAUCACAGGGAACCUCAUUCGGCGGGUUCUGGGUAACGCGACGGGUAUCUGGAACUUGAUGCUCUUUGUCUUCCUAAUCACCUUCAUUAUGGCGCUCUUUGCCGUUCAGCUGUUCCGCGGCGAGAUUUCGCAGAAGGAAGACAUAUCGUUCUUCAAUGUGUACAAUUCUUUUCUGGGUAUGUGGCAAAUCCUGUCGAGCGAAGACUGGACCUCGAUUCUUUAUGAGGUGACCGAAACUUCGCUGCCCUUCGGUACGUCUUGGGUCGGAGCUGUCUUCCUAAUUGGAUGGUUCAUCCUGGCCUUCUUGAUUCUCGUCAAUAUGUUUAUUGCUGUCAUUCAGGAAAAUUUCGACGUGAGUGAGGACGAAAAGCGAUUGGAACAAGUUAAGGCAUUUCUACAAAAGAAGGAACUUGGAAAAUCAUCGAGCAACCUCUCUUUAUCCACCAUUUUCUCGUUCGGCAGAGCCAGAAGAAAAAAGGAUCCCCUCGACUAUGGCCCAGCUAUGAUGGAGAUGCUGCUCAAGGACGCAGUCGUCCGAGACUUCCUUGAUGAUUCGGAAGAGGCAUCUCAAGGAACUCAGCACAACGAGAGAGCGCAUCUUGCGCCCCGUGCAACUACGUUCGCCGUUGGGGACGUGAAGCCCGGCUUUCUCUCGAAGUGGUGGGGCAAACUUGUUGCGCGGAUGAGUGGUAAAGAUCCCAAUCCGUUUUACUCAAACAUACGCCUCGAGGGCACCAAUGAAACACUCGAUCCUCGACAGAUGGCGCGUCAGGUUGUCUCUGCCACGUCGGCGAGACGCAAGGCCCAGAGAGAGUAUCUCGCGCGUCAUCCGAAUUAUAACAAUUCCCUAUUCUUCUUGACCUCACAUAACCCUCUCCGUCGUGCCUGUCAAAGGUUGGUGGGACCCGGCAGAGGCAGCGAGCGGUUCGAUGGCGUCGAGCCCAACAAGAUCGCCUGGUACACUUUUAGCGUCUUCAUUUAUGCUGCUAUCGUAGCGAUGGUAAUCAUUGCUUGCGUCACGACCCCGCUGUACCAAAAAGAGUACCAAGAGCAGCAUCCAGAGUUUAGUAUUACCUUCUGGUACGUCUGGACAGACAUGGCAUUCGCGAUAGUCUUUUUCGUGGAGGCUGUGAUCAAGGUCAUUGCGGACGGCUUCUUUUUUACGCCGAACGCCUACUACCGAAGCUCCUGGGGCAUCAUUGAUGGUAUCGUACUCGCCACUCUCCUGAUCAAUGUCGGUACUCUCUUGGCGAAAGAUGGAGAGAUAUCCCGAGCAAUCGGUGCCUUCAAGGCUUUGCGUGCUCUACGUCUCCUCAACGUCAGCGACAGUGCCAGAGACACUUUCCAUUCCCUCAUCAUCGUCAGUGGCUGGAAAAUCCUGAGUGCAUCUUUCGUGUCCAUCUCACUACUAAUCCCGUUCGCUGUUUACGGCCUCAAUCUUUUCAACGGCCUCAUGAUAUCGUGCAACGAUGACAAUGAUGGCGCUAUUAUUCGACUGGUCGAUUGUUUCGGCGAAUUCAACAGCACACCUUUCAAUGACGAGUGGCCCAUGCUCGCGCCCCGUGUCGCUUCAAACGACUACUUCAACUUUGACAACUUUGGCAACUCCAUCUUCAUUCUCUUUUCGAUUCUCAGCCAAGAGGGUUGGGUGGAUGUUUCUUUCGCAGCACAGGCCGUAACAGGCCCGGGUCUCCAGCCCCAAAGCCUUGCAUCCCAGGGCAACGCCAUGUUCUUCAUCGUCUACAACCUGCUUGGAACCGUCUUCGUAUUGACGCUAUUUAUUGCCGUCUUCAUGCGGAACUACACUGAACAGACCGGAGUCGCCUUCUUGACGGCUGAACAAAGAUCGUGGCUCGAGCUUCGAAAGCUGCUUCAACAUAUCUCACCGUCAAAGACUUCGUAUGAUGCUUCAGAGCAAACUUGGAAGAAGUGGUGUCACAAACGCGCAAUAGAGAAAAGGGGUAAAUGGUACCAAGGCAUGACUUACGUCUUGUGCUUACACUUGGUUCUCCUAAUGAUGGAAUUCCGCGAAGAGCCCGAAUGGUGGUCCCGGAUGAGGGAUUUCCUCUUCCUGGCUUUUGUGCUGGUCUACAUGGCGAACGUCUCCAUCCGAAUCUUCGGCCUGGGCUGGGCUCGGUUCCGCAGGAGUUCCUGGGACAUGUACUCGCUACUUGCUGUGGCAGGCGCAUUCGUCUCAACUACGAUUCUCUUGAUCCUCAGGGCUUCCAGCGGAGGGACAAUCCUUGAAGGCGAGACAUAUGUUCAGAUUCACAAAUUCUUCCUGGUCGCCAUCGUCCUCCUCCUCAUCCCGAGAAACGACGCCCUUGACCAGCUCUUCAAGACAGCUGCUGCCAGUCUGACCACGAUUGGCAAUCUCUUGGCAACAUGGCUAGUCUUCUUCCUUGUCUUUGCCAUCGCGCUGACGCAGGCAUUCAGCCUCACUCGAUUUGGCUCGCAAGAGAGUAGUAACAUCAACUUCCGAACCGUACCACACGCGCUCAUCCUACUAUUUCGCAUGAGCUGCGGUGAAGGGUGGAAUAUUGUGAUGGAAGACUACGCGAAUAUUGAGCCACCCUUCUGCGUUGAUGAUGAGGACUUCUUCCAGAGCGACUGUGGCAGCAAGCCUUGGGCGCGUUUCUUAUUUGUUGCCUGGAACAUCCUGAGCAUGUACAUCUUUGUGAACCUCUUUGUCUCGCUCAUCUACGAGAGUUUCAGUUACGUAUACCAGCGAUCCAGCGGUCUAGCAGCUGUCGAUCGGGACGAGAUUCGUCGAUUCAAGGAGGCGUGGCGCAGCGUCGACCCAGCCGGGACAGGGUGGAUCAGCAAAGACGUAUUCCCGCGAUUACUGGGGGAGCUGUCGGGAGUUUUUGAAAUGCGAAUCUACGACGCGGACGACUCGGUGAGUCGCAUCUUGGAGGAUGUACGAAACGAUGCGACGGUUUCCAGACACACGUCGAUAGCAACCGCAAGCGCCUACAGCGGGGUAGAUAUCGACAGGCUUAACCGGCGUCUAGCCCAGAUUGACGUGGUCAAAGUUCGAGAACGAAGACGACGUUUCAACAUCUUCUUCGAAGAGGUCAUGGUCUCAGCUGACCCUGACCGAGGCAUCUCUUUCACUACUGUCCUGAUGAUAUUGGCUCAUUACAACAUCAUCAGCGAUAGCAAAAGUCUAAGGCUGGAAGAGUUCCUGCGCCGCCGCGCCAGGUUACAGCGAGUUGACGAAGAGGUGCGGCGAAGAAUUGUCUUGGGCUUCUUCGACACUUUAUACUAUUCCCGGCAGUUCAAGAAGCACAAGGAACGCAAGCAAGCGGGACGGAUGACUGCAGUCCCGCAGUUGGACAUUCCGCACAUCUUCGUGGACGACGAGGACGGCAGUAAGCAGCAGACACAAACGAUCCGUCAAAGCGGCCAGGGUAAGUCGACCCUGCUCAGUGCGGAAGACGCAGACCGGGCCCAUCACAGGAGCUGGUCAGGAUCAUCCGAUCUCCAGGGACCAGGCCUUGACGGCGGAUACCAACAUCCGUUGAGCUUCCCUCGGUCGGGCCCGUCGUCGCCAAGCCAUCAAUCGGCCAAUUCAGCGUUUAGCUUUGAGCUACAGGAACCUGGCUUGGGGUCGGGGGAGAACAGUCGACGAACAAGCGCGGUUAGUCCGGCGCAGGUCAGCAAUAUCCUCGACGACUCGGUUUGGGUUGAGAGCAUCAGGCGGAGCGCCACAGUACGCAAGCCGGACUGGAGCAAUUACUGA